CUUCAAACUAAUUGAGACACCGUCUUUUCUUAGCUUUCUCCCUUUGAUUUGAUCCAACGCGUUUGUCCCACACGUUCUUGCCUAUAUAGACACAUAUUUGCAUCCACAGUUUCUCAUCAUCAUCACUUCUUCAGCAGAAAAGAGAACAACUUCAUAUCAUCACCAUGAAUCACUCUAGCAACAAUCAGCAAGAAACCCCUUUAUCAUAUCUACCAGAAGGCCAGGCCAAUUCUUCAGCUCCAUAUGUCACUGCCCCACCACCUAUGGGUUAUCCUUCUAAGAAUGGUUCUAUAGAACAAAGGGUUCCAGAGGAAACCACAAGCAGGGGUGAUGGCUUCUGGAAGGGAUGUUGUGCUGCUUUAUGUUGCUGCUGUGUCCUGGAUUGUGUCUUCUAAUUGAAUCAAGAUACAGAUUUGUGUUUAUUAGUAUAUACAUUUUUUUUUCCUUUCUCUCAUUUGGAUUGUAUUCUUUGUAGUGGUAGAAGAAUAAGUAUAUAUAUAUAUAUAUGUGUGUGUGUGUGUAUUUAUCCAUUUGAUGGAAGCUGGAAGCUGUUCUUUUUUUUCUUCUCAUCUUACUUUGAAAUUUUCGUGAUGUAUUUGUUAAUUGCUCAUUAUUAUAUUAUAAUUUUUAAAAUUAUUAUA